CGAUGAAACAACGGAUUGACAUAUAUACACACGUAUAUAUAUGUUUGUAUACAUAUAUAUUUAUAUAUAGUCCUGCCUCCAGAGUGGAUUGUGCACAUAAAAGUUCAAAUCAACCGGCAAAUUCGUUCCUCUCUGCGAUUAACCCAGACCUCGGAAUUAUUUGCGUUUCCGGCAAAGACCCCGAAUCCAGAAUCAAUGACUCUAUCUGCGAAGGCCCAGAAAACCCAGGAAUCUCCGUUGGACAAACUGUACAAGAGAUUUUCCCGGAAAAGAUCAGAGCCCGGAAAAUCUCCGACCCAAGAUGACGGAGCGAGGAACAGCAAUUGCAGUAGCAGCAGCAGCAGCAGUGGAAGCAUCGAAAUCAGUGUGGAGGAGCUAAGAAUGGUGUUCGAUUACAUGGACACGAACUCCGACGGGAGAAUCUCGGCGGCAGAGCUGCAGAGCUGCGUGGGCCUAUUCGGCGGCGCGUUGACGGCAAGCGACGCCGAGGAGGCGGUGAAGGUGAUGGAUCUGGACGGAGAUGGGUUCGUGGACUUCGCCGAGUUCUUGAAGCUGAUGAAAGGAGAAGGAGACGAAUUUUACGGCGAGGAUGAGCGGCGAAAGGAGCUGUUGGAUGCGUUUGGUGUGUACGUGACGGAGGGUGACGAGUUCAUCACGGCGGCGAGUUUGCGGCGGACGCUGAGUCGACUCGGCGAGUCGAGGACUGUCGACGAGUGCAAGGCUAUGAUUCGGGUGUUUGACAAGAAUGGCGAUGGAGUUCUCAGCUUCGACGAGUUUGUUCUCAUGAUGGUGCGUUAGGUUUGGCGGCUAAGUGAUUGCAUUCUAUUCUUUUGUUCCGUUUAAUUCGAUGAAUUGAUUCUCUUGGAUGUAAAUUCAGCGAAAAAUGUUUUUUUUUUCAGUUUUGUAUUUGUUGUUCCCUUUUUUGGGUAAUAUAUAUGUUUAGUUUCGUAAAUAUA